GAUUUGUGCACCCGGUGAUUUGUGUACCCUCGCGCUUUGCUCGCGAUUCCAGACCGUCGACUCGAUGCUCCAGACCUCAUGUCGGGUACACAUAUCACCGGCCAUGAUGCAAAGCUGCUGGUGAUUUCGGACCCCGGUGAUUUGUGUACCCUUGUGCUUUCCUCGCCGUCCCAGACUGCUUUCAAGCUACAGGACUCGCGAUCCUAGAGAACGAAUAUCUCGUGACAGUUGCACCCGUGGCCGGAAGAUGACCAUGAAGAAGCCGGAUGUAUGAUGACUGUGACUCAACCGGAUGAUGACUGUGACUCAACCGGACGACUGUCACAUGUGACUCAAUCGGAUAAUGACUGCGGCAUGCCGAGGGUACACUAUAUAUUUAGAGACACAGCUCUAGCGCUGGAUUCAGAUGCAGGUUGUUGCAGUUGUGCAGUUGAGUGUCUACAGUCGCGAGCAGUUGUGUAUCAUAGCACGUAGAAUUGAUUCUUUGGUUAGCUACAGUUGAUCUACUCUAGAGUUGUAGCUGUAUCUACGAUUUCGUACUAAUAUGCUUCUAUUUGGCUUGUAAUAAGUUGUCUCAGUCUGGACGCGCGUGAUAGAGCCAUAUGGACAAUCCAGAGUUGACGGAUGCAGAGUCAGACGUAGAAGCUACAGAAGUAGAUACUGUAACUUCAGCAGAACAAUGGUCGGAAAACAUUGUGAACUCAUACAAAGAGUUCCUAGUCUCUGGAGGGACAAACUACACUGAUAUUCCAAGCAGGAAACGAAAGUCAUUUAGAAGAAGAGCAAAAGAUUUUACAGUUCAAGAUGGAAGGUUGUACUACACAAAGACUCCAGGUUUACUCAGACUGGCACUUGGUAGCAAAAAUGAGCAAGAUCGUGCCUUUCAGGAGUGUCACGUAAAUCCAACUGGCGGUCAUCUGGGAAGAACUAAAACCACUGACAAAAUAAGGAGCAGAUACUACUGGCCAAACCAGUACAUUGAUAUCGCAAAUCAGAUAAGAAAAUGUGAUAGGUGCCAGAGGACGAAUUCUGUUCUCAAAUUGCAGUCAAACGAACUCCACCCUAUUCCUGUUCGUUCAGAAGUGUGGAGUCUAGUUGGAAUUGAUCUCAUGGGACCGCUAACAAUGACAAUUCAAGGAAACCAAUACAUACUAACAAUGACAUGCUAUUUCAGUAAAUGGGUUGAAGCUUUCCCCAUAUCAGACAAAACUGCUGUUACAGUGGCCAGGGCUUUGUACACUGCCUACUGUAGGCAUGGAGCACCAAACGAUAUUAUCACUGAUCAAGGCAGAGAGUUUGUCAACCAGGUGUGCAAGGUACUCCAUUGUCAAUUCAAUGUCAGGCAAAGAAUAACAGCUGCUUAUCAUCCUCAGUCUAAUGGACUAGAUGAAAGAACAAAUCAAACAAUUAGAAAAUGCCUUGAAAAAUUGGUAAUAGAGCAUGAAGAAGACUGGGAUGAACUCCUUGACCCAGUUCUCUUUGCUAUUCGAACCAGUGUUCAAGAGUCCACCAAGUUCACUCCUUUCUUUUUAAUGCAUGGGCGAGAAGCUAGGUUUCCUUUAGAAGCUGAAAACAGUGAGAUCACUUCUGUCAGUCAGUUGGGUGAUGUGCAGCAAGCAGUACAUCAUCUAAAGGAAAUGAGAAACAAAGUUUUCCCUCAAGUAAAAGAAAACAUUGAAAACAGUCAGGAAAGACAGAAACAACAAUACAGAAAAAGAAAAGGAGCUGUAGUAAACUCUAUCCAGGUUGGACAGACUGUUUUGCGAUUAAAUAUGCUAAAAAGGACAACGAAAGGUCAUAAGAUGGAAGACACCUGGCUUGGACCAUACAGAGUUAUAGAAAUGACUGCAUCUGGUGGCUGUGUCCUUCGUUGCAUCAAAACUAAUUCAACAAUGAAGCGCAAAGUUAAUAUUAGUCAGCUGAAGAUCUACAAUACACCACAGAAGUCUUCUGAAUUGGCAAAUGCGACAAGCAAAGAUGAUGAAUCAGCUGCUACUAGGAUUAAGGGCAACAGCAAGCCAAAUUUCUCAGAUUUAGAACGUCAGCUAUUUGAUCAAAGUCUGUUACGGCUGUGGCGCACAGGAGCAAUAUGGGAGGCUUGGAAAGCUGAAGAAGACGACGAGAGAGAGCUUGCUGAACAUACAAGCUCUGUUGAAGAAUGUUGGCUUAGUGUCAAUGUAGACGUGGCUCUGUGGCUAGACUGUCGAACAUAUGAGAAAAAGCCAACAUUAAAACGAGUUAGUGAUUUUGUGCUAGUAAAUUCUGUUGUUCAUCAAGAGUUCAAUGAUUUUGCAAAAGCUGAAAUAACACCAGAGUUGCAAUUACUACUAGACGUGGACUUAAUUAAGGUCUGGGAAACUGACAAAGCACUCUCAUUGCCAAGGGUGUCUCGAUAUCAAAACGUGUAUGUCAACAUCAGCAGCUCUCAACUUGAUGACCUAUGUCUGUGGGUAUAUGAUAUGAGAAAGCUGUAUAACAGUAAAGGAAGAAGUUUGUUUGAGGUAGUUAAUAAGAGAGCAAGUAUGCCUCAAACAUUGUCUAGUCUAACAUCAGCUGCCGAGAGUUCACAAAGAUGGGUACAUGGUCUGGAUCUCAAUGAAACUGAUAAAUGUAUUAUACAAGGCAAGUGUGCCGACGGCUUUCUAGCUGACAAGCACAUGCAUGCUGCUCAUCAGCUUCUAUUAAAGCAGUUUCCCUACAUCAGUGGACUAGAGUCAACACUCCUUUGCCAGACUUACGGAUUCGCUCAUGUAACAAGUGAUGCUAUUCAGAUUCAUUUUACAGGAAGUCAUCAUUGGGUGACUUCAACCUGCUUUGGCAAACAAGUACGACUAUACGACAGCAAUGCUGGCCUACACUUGUCUCCUUGUAUGGAAACACAGCUGGCGCAAAUCUAUCAAUUGGCUCACAAAGACAACAUUCUCAUGGUAGAACAAAUGCCAGUGCAACAGCAACAAAAUGGUAAAGAUUGCGGGCUAUUUGCAAUAGCAUAUGCAUUUCAUGCAGCUCUAGGAGAUGAUGUAACCAUCAUGCAUUUUGAUAUUUCCAAAAUGCGACAACAUCUGAUUUACUGUUUGGAUCGAGAGGAGCUCUCACCUUUUCCAAUGGAAGAAGACAAGCCAUUGGAAACAUGUGACAGAAGUCACUUUUAUAUUACUUUGCACUGCACGUGUUUGUUGCCAAAGACACAUGGCAAGAUGGUAGAGUGUUACGUCUGUGAAAACUUGUAUCAUGACAGAUGUGUCACAAUGUCAGGUAGUGAGCCUUGGAUUUGCGCUAAAUGUAGAUAAAUGUCUUGCUAUACACAGCUUCAGUAUUAAUUUGUUCAAUUAAUACAUCAACUUUAAAUAUACAAAGUUGAAACUGUGAACUAAGUCAGAAUCUAGAACCUUAAUUAAACAUUUG